UGUUGUGACUGCGGGACCGUAAACAUGGCGGUGAGUCUCCGCGCCCGCUCGCUGAGGCACCUCCGCAUCCGAGGCCGGAACGACAGCGGCGAGGAGAACGUCCCCCUCGAUCUAACCCGAGACCCCUCUGAUAACUUGAGGGAGAUUCUUCAAAAUGUGGCCAAAUUGCAAGGGGUUUCAAAUAUGAGAAAACUUGGCCAUUUGAAUAAUUUUACAAAGCUUCUUUGUAAUGCUGGUCAUACUGAAGAAAAAUUAGGUUUUACUUAUGAAGAUAUCAUUAUAUGUUUGCGGUUAGCUUUAUUAAAUGAAGCGAAAGAGGUGCGAGCAGCAGGACUCCGAGCUCUUCGAUAUCUUAUCAGAGACUCCAGUAUUUUACAGAAGGUAUUAAAACUGAAAGUGGAUUACUUAAUAGCCAGAUGCAUAGAUAUACAGCAAAGUAAUGAAGUAGAACGAACACAAGCACUUCGUUUAGUCAGAAAGAUGAUUACAGUCAAUGCUUCAUUAUUUCCCAGUUCAGUUACUAAUUCUUUGAUAGCUGUUGGAAAUGAUGGCCUUCAAGAGAGGGACAGGAUGGUUCGAGCUUGUAUUGCUAUUAUCUGUGAAUUAGCGAUUCAAAAUCCAGAAAUAGUUGCUUUCCGUGGUGGCCUAAGUACCAUUUUAAAAAAUGUAAUAGAUUGUCAAUUAAGCCGUAUAAAUGAAGCUCUUAUAACGACUGUUUUACAUCUUCUUAACCAUCCAAAUACCCGACAAUAUGUGCGAGCUGAUGUGGAAUUAGAGCGGAUUUUAGCUCCAUACACGGACUUUCACUACAGGCAUAACCCAGACACUGCAGAAGGACAGCUCAAAGAGGACAGAGAAGCACGGCUUUCUGCUAGUAAAAUGGGAAUUGUGGCAGCAUUUCGAUCAUGGGCAGGUAUAAUUAGUUUAUGUAAGCCUGGGAAUUCUGGGAUCCAAUCUCUUAUUGGAGUGUUAUGUAUACCUAACAUGGAAGUGCGGCGAGGCUUGCUUGAAGUUCUAUAUGAUAUAUUUCGCCUUCCUCUUCCUGUUGUGACAGAGGAAUUUAUAGAAGCACUUCUCAGUGUAGAUCCAAGCCAUUUUCAGGACAGCUGGAGACUUUCUGAUGGCUUUGUAGCUGCAGAAGCUAAAGUUAUAUUACCUCACCGAGCCAGAUCCAGGCCUGACCUCAUGGACAAUUACUUGGCCCUGGUUCUUUCUGCAUUCAUUAGAAAUGGACUCUUAGAAGGUCUAGUUGAAGUAAUCACAAGCAGCAAUGAUCAUAUAUCUGUCAGAGCAACUAUCUUACUGGGGGAACUUUUGCAUAUGGCAAACACCAUUCUUCCACAUUGUCACAGCCAUCAUUUACACUGCUUACCAACUUUAAUGAAUAUGGCAGCUUCUUUUGACAUUGUAAAGGAGAAGAGACUACGAGCCAGUGCUGCACUGAACUGCUUGAAACGCUUUCAUGAAAUGAAGAAAAGAGGACCUAAACCUUACAGUCUUCAUCUAGAUCACAUUGUCCAGAAAGCGAUGUCAACACAUCAGCGAAGAGAUCAGUAUCGUGUGCAGAAAGAUAUUUUUAUUCUUAAGGAUACUGAAGAAGCACUAUUAAUUAAUCUGAGGGAUAGCCAAGUUCUUCAUCACAAAGAAAAUCUGGAAUGGAAUUGGAAUCUGAUAGGGACCAUACUUAAGUGGCCAAAUAUUAACUUAAAGACUAACAAGGAUGAACAGUUGCACAGAUUUGUACGGCGGCUGAUGUAUUUUUACAAGCCUAGCAGUAAAUUGUAUGCCAAUCUAGAUCUCGAUUAUGCAAAGUCAAAACAGCUCACAGUUGUUGGUUGUCAAUUUACUGAAUUUCUCCUUGAAUCUGAAGAGGAUGGGCAUGGAUAUCUCGAAGAGUUAGUAAGAGAUAUUGUGCACUGGCUUAACAUUUCUUCGGGACUGAAACCAGAACGCAGUCUCCAGAACAAUGGUUUACUUAAUACACUUAGUCAGCACUACUUCUUAUUUUUUGGUACCCUCUCCUGUCAUCCCCAUGGAGUGAAAAUGCUUGAAAAGUGUAAUGUAUUUCAGUGUCUCCUUAAUCUGUGUUCCUUGAAGAAUCAAGAUCACUUACUCAAACUGACAGUUUCUAGUUUAGACUACAGCAGAGAUGGUUUAGCAAGAGUCAUCCUUUCUAAAAUCCUAACAGCAUCAACUGAUAAUUGUAGGUUAUAUGCUACAAAACACCUCCGAGUACUUCUGAGGGCCAAUGUGGAGUUCUUCAGCAAUUGGGGAAUUGAGUUACUUGUCACACAGCUUCAUGACAAAAAUAAAGCCAUUUCUUCUGAAGCACUUGAUAUCCUUGAUGAAGCAUGUGAAGACAAGGCUAAUCUUCAUGCCCUCAUUCAAAUGAAACCAGCACUUUCUCAUCUAGGAGACAAGGGAAUGCUUCUGCUGCUAAGGAGAACUUAUCCUUUGACUACUUUGCAUGAUGAACAUCCUGCUGAAUACAAUUUAAAAUAUGUCGACUUGAUAGAAGAACAAUUAAAUGAAGCACUUACUACGUACCGCAAACCUGUUGAUGGUGAUAAUUAUGUUCGUCGGAGCAACCAAAGAUUACAGCGGCCACAUGUUUAUUUGCCAAUUCACCUCUAUGGCCAACUAGUGCACCACAAAACUGGCUGUCAUUUGUUGGAAGCUCAGAGUAUUGUUCCUGACCUGAGUUACACUAUCCGUUCCCCUAUGCUGGAAAAAUGGGAGGGGAUUAAGCAACUAAAAGCUGCUCUUUGGGCACUGGGAAAUAUUGGAUCUUCAAACUGGGGAUUGAAUUUGCUUCAGGAGGAAAAUGUAAUACCCGAUAUAUUGGCACUUGCCCAGCAUUGUGAGGUCCUUUGUAUUAGAGGGACUUGUGUCUAUGUGCUUGGCCUAAUAGCGAAAACAAAGCAAGGCUGUGAUAUUCUGAAACAUCACAAUUGGGAUGCAGUAAGACACAGUCGAAGGCAACCUUGGCCAGUAGUUCCCGAUGAUGUGGAGCAACUCUGCAAUGAACUCUCUUCUAUUCCCAGCACUCUUAGUUUGAACUCUGAAUCUACCAGUUCAAGACAUAACAGUGAAAGUGAAUCUGCACCAUCAAGCAUGUUCAUCCUGGAAGAUGACCGGAUUGGCAGCACCUCCACUAGCACAUUUUUCUUAAAUAUCUCAGAAGAUGCAGAACAGAAUCUCUAUGACCAUACCGGGCCUGUGAAGGAUAAGGACCGCAAUCCCUUCCCCUUUUUCUCCUCCCGCAGACUUGUCAGGAAUCGCAUCUUGAAUUCUCUUACCCUACCCAAUAAAAAGCUGAGGAGCAGCAGUGACCCCAAAGCAGGCAAGCUGUCUUCCUUGGAGAACAAGAUGGGUUUAAGGCGAAACCGGACAGUAACGGAACCUUGCAGCAGCAUGGAUUUUACACGGGGAGAUGACUUUACUCCAGUGUUCAAGGUUCCUAAAAUUCACACUAAACUAGAAACUUCAUUUGUUGGGAGCAAGCAUAGCGAAGAUGCCGAUAGUACUCCAAGUAUUGGUGAAAAUGACCUUAAGCUUCCCAAAAGUCUUGGCCAUGAAAAUCACAGGGAAAACUCCAGCCGAGAGAGACUCCUAGAAGGUUCCACGCAGACUCAUUUCAAGAGUCGUAGUUUGAGUUUCAAUACGGACACGACCACAAGUGGCAUAAGUUCAAUGAGCUCAAGCCCUUCCCGAGAGACUAUGGGAGUGGAUGCUACCAAUAUAGACACUGACUGUGGGAGCUUAAGUACUGUGGUGAGUACUAAGACCCUUAAAACAAUUCAGUGUUCCACCCCACAGUCUAACCACCUCCCUCUGUCAAAGUCAAAUUCUGUUUCCCUGGUACCGCCAGGGUCUUCGCACACGCUUCCUCGGAGGGCCCAGUCACUAAAAGCUCCUUCCCUCGCUACUAUAAAAAGCCUGGCUGACUAUAAUUUUAGCUACACCAGUUCUCGAGAUGCAUUUGGAUAUGCAACCCUGAAACGCUUGCAACAGCAGAGGAUGCAUCCUUCUCUGUCACAUUCUGAAGCCCUGGCUUCUCCAGCAAAGGAUGUACUCUUCACAGACACAAUCACAAGUAAAUCUGGUAGCCUAGACUCUCGACUAACGCCCAACCGAUUCAUGAGAGCUUUGAGCUAUGCAUCAUCCUUAGAUAAAGAAGAUUUAUUAAGCCCUAUAAACCAAAAUACACUGCAGCGUUCUUCUUCUGUUCGUUCCAUGGUGUCUAAUGCUACCUAUGGUAGCUCAGACGAUUACAUUGGACUUGCUCUCCCGGUUGACAUCAAUGAAAUAUUUCAGGUAAAAGAAACCCCAUAUUUCCAGAAGAAAACUAUGCUUUCUUAUGAUGAUCGGGGCAGUCGAGUCUUUGCCCAGGAUGCUUCAGGUUUGUCAUGUGAGUCUGCUGAGCUUGUAAAGAGUCCUUUCCAGAUGCUUCGUCAGCAGAUAAGUCUUACAGAGAUUAUGAACACAAGUCGUUCAGAUGCCUCCCAGUUCCUAGAAAACAUGGAAGACACUGGACUCCAAGAACACACUGAAGAUAAUUGUCUCUAUUGUGUUUGUACACACAUCCUCGAUUGUCAGCAUAAUAACAAACUGAACUCUGCAUAUAGUCACCCAGAAUUUUCAGACAUUCCUUAUUCAGACUGGUGUGGAAAGGCUAUGCAUAAUCAUUUGGAUGUGGUUUCACAUUCCUCGAAGUUUUCUGGAAUUUCAGGAUGUAGUGAUGCUGUAUCCCAUGGAUCAGCUACUAGUACCAAGAGUACUGAUCUCAUCAUAGGCAUGAAAUCAAUUCCAGAUGAUACUCCAGUAUGCCGCAUACUACUGAGAAAGGAAGUUUUGCGAUUAGUAAUCAACUUGAGUAGCUCGGUAGGAACUAAAGGUCAUGAAACUGGUCUCUUGACAAUUAAGGAGAAGUUUCCCCAAGCAUUUGAUGAUAUAUGCCUUUACUCCGAAGUAUCCUACUUGCUAGCUCACUGCACUUUUCGAUUGCCAUCUAGACGAUUCAUUCAAGAACUCUUUCAAGAUGUACAGUUUUUGCAGAUGCAUGAAGAAGCAGAAGCUAUUUUAGUCUCACUGUCAAAUCAACAAACAGAUAGCACAUCAACUGAAUCUUGACCUCUUGUGUUCCAUGAUGUGAUAAAUGUGAAGUUACUGGUAGCAUUCAAUAACAGCUAACUGACUGGGCAACAGAGAAGUGCCAUCUUCUGAAUUGUUCCAGGAAUUCUGGUACAUGAAAUUGGAUGCUCAGUUGUAGAAUUUUUCUUCGACGGAACUUGCUUCCAAAGCCAUCUGAGCCCUGAGGGGAAUUGUUAAAACAACGAAAGAAACAAGAUAUGCAAGAAGAAUGAAGCACCAGACACUUAUGCAGGUUUUCAUUUCACUUAUUUUUUAAAUGCAAUGUCACAAAAAUAGAGGACAAAUUACACGGGACCUAGUUUACAUGGUUGACUUUUGACUUCCGUUUUGGACAGAGUUGAUGCCUUGCUUGUUUACCCUGGAUUUGAGAGACAUGGUAUCUUAAGCUGUAUCCCAUUGUUGUCAAUGGAGCAUGCUAUAACCAUGAUAUUAGGGGAUUUCCUUGAUAUAUUUCUUAAUUUUUGUGAACACUACUUGGACAAUUUCUGCUCUCGGAAAAUCUUCAGUAGGUUUGGGAGUAACCUUAACUUAUUUUAUUGUUAUAAUAUUAGCAGUCUUUCCAGUUUUGUUACAGUUUCAUGUAAUUAUGUUAAACUGAACCAAUUAAUGAAUUUCACUACAGUUUGAAUUUAGGGGGGAAACCCACCAUUCCCCUGGAAUUAGAUUUAUCUCCAUGUAAUGCAUGCAUUGUAAUGGGGUGUUCUACAUUAAUGUUCAUCCAGUAAUUGAUUGAUUGUCUAAAUGUAGAUCUUCAAAAACAAUAAUUUAUGUCAGGUAAAUCAAGUAAAAUUAAUACUUAUUGCUGCUUUUUAUCAAGCAAAAUAAUAAUUUCACAUUCCAUGGUUUUAAAUUUGCUCCUAAUCAUUUGCUUCAAUUAUACAGACAAAAGAUUAAUGGCAAGAUAAUACCAAUAAUUGUAGUGAAAAGCCUUAAAUGUGCAGUGCUGAAGUGCUACAUUGCUCCUUGGUAAAAUUAGCACAAAUUGUGUAAUAGUGAUGGUGUGUAGUUCCAUUCUCUCCAAUAUCAAAUUUAUGCAAGUAUGAGGUUGAAACAAAUUGAAUUUAUUUCCAAAUUGAAAAGUCUCCUUUAGAAUCAAAGGACAUUUACAAAUGUAUAAUUGUUUUGUUUACAAAAUCUCUAAGGUUAUUUGGUCAUUUCUUGUGUAUGGAAAUAAUUCAGGUAGACUGUACUGGGAAUAUGUCCAUCAAAGUUUAUCUCCCCUUAAAAGUAUGCAAAUAUUUGCUUGUUGAGAUGAAAUUAGCUAUUUGUUCUUAGAGGCAUAUAUGUAUUUGUUAUGAAAACUAGCAAUGUCUAGGUUCAGUACAUUGUCAUAUCAAAAUAUGAUUUUGUUCUCUAGUUCUAGAAGAAAGGAAACACCAUCAUUACAAACAUACUGUUGGCUAAGAAAGAUGAAGCAGAGGUUUAUCUGAAUUGAAUCUUCAGGACUAGUAAAUCACAAGUAAAAUCUCAUAGUUGAAGAAACAGGAUUGAUAGUUCAUUACACAUAAAACUGAAAACUAUUUUUCCCCCUGCCAUCCUAAAAUUGCCAGGUAGAACAUCUGGAGCUUAAGGCAUUGGAUCGCUUUAAAAAAAAAAAAAGAUGGCUCCUCACAAGAAUUAGGCACCAAUUCCCGAAUCCUUAGAAUAAACCUGAAAUUCUCUUCCUGCCAUUUUGGCUAGAACUACAAUAACUGAUCCACAAAUUAAAGUACUACUAGAUGGGAUACUUUCCAGGAUGGCAUUUUUCUAGAGAAAUAGAAAACUUAAUGAAGAUACUGACUUGUACAAGAGAGUCAGUUCACUCUGAUCCGUAUCUAUAAUUCCCAAAAGAAAAUUACCUCUAAGAUACCUGACUUAACUUAUAUUCUAGCUUCUAACUUCUCUCAAGAACAGGUUAUUCAACAGAUAAGAACUCACAAACCAGAUAAAGACAUUCUACAUAAGAUUAUGGGACACAGUUAUUAUGGAUGAAGCAUUUUCUUCCUCUUCCUAAAACCUUUUAAGAAAAUACAUGUCUUCUACCUCCAAGCAGAAGUUUACGUUACCUCAUUAUACUGCUUUGAACAUUCUAGGUGGGAGAUACAUCAGAAUAAUAUUUGAGUCAGUCUAAUCCUCUCUAAGGUAUUGGAUUAUGUUACUUUGGUACAUAGAGAAUGCAGUAUGGAUAACCUAGAGAACUGUCAUAAGGAGUUUUACCAUUCACAACCAGAGCUGAAUAAUCUUAAGGGGAGUUCAUAAUGUUUUGCUGUUACAUUUCUAGACAUGAAAUUUGAGUGUCUAUUGAGAAUAUUAUUAAUAAUAUUAUUAUUUCUCUAGUGACCUUUUAAAAACAACAACUGAGGAAAGGAGCAAUUGGAGAAAUUUCAAAUAUUUCCUUCUCAAGUUUGAAAUCUCUUUAAAUACAGUAUUUUAAACUGGUGAGGGUUUUUUCCCCUGUUCUUUCAGGUUUUUAGUUUAGAGACUACAGGAGGGAAUGGGGUGGCCUCUGCUUCCUGUUGGUGUGGUUGUUGUUUCUGAACCAUGGAGUAAAGUUUAUGUUAGGAAUAGCAACAGAUAUAAUCCAGAGAGAAGUGUGUGCCACUGAGAGUCUAGAUUUCAGCAUCUUCUCCUCGUGAGUGUUUGGCAAAACUGCAUUACAAUAAUUUAUGGAACAUCUGGAGAGCCAUGAAGCUACAGUAGUUCCAUAAUUUCUAUGAGAACCUCCUGAGGAAAAGAUAGUGGGCGGGAGAAGUGGGUCAGGAAAAAAUAAAGGAAGGGCUACAGCUUGUUAUGCAGGGUUCAUUAAUAAUUUUCCACCAAUAUUUAGAGAUGCUUUGCUCAUAGAUAAAACAACUGUGAUAACACUCCUGUGCAGAACCAAAAUGGCAGCCACAGUGUAGACCAAAUGGUGGUGUAAAUUCCAAAGGAUUCGUACAAUACUUCCAGUAAAAAAAAGCAAAGAGUUGAUUGUACAUAGUAGUUAUGAAUACUACCUCAGUAAUGAUAGAGUAUUAUGAUCUAUAGAUUGAUAACUCUAGGUGAAAUUAAUUCAUUUAUUCGGUGUUUUGCAUUUUUGAUUUCAAGGCAAAAGUAGAUGAAAAGGUUUUCUUUAAAACAAAGAUAGUUGAGCUUUCAACUAUAGUCAUUAUUGAAAAAACAGUUUAGUUACAGUGGAAAAUUAAAUUCAGCUAAAUGUACUAAUAUAUCUACUUUGAUAAUAAUAUAUUGGUAUACAUAACUUUUUGAAAUUAAAAAAAAAAUAGAGUUUUGGCUUCUGAUCAGAAUACUGCCCAAGAUCAAUUGACCUUAGCUGUAUGGACAACGGCAUCAUCAAAAAUUGUAAAAUAACAUUAAGUAAAUUUGGGUCAUUGCAUUAAAAUACAAAUCAGUGGUGGCUGUAGUAUCUGAACCAAUGUUGCAUCUAUAUGAUGUUAUACUUAUUUUGUUAAUCAAUUUGUUGUAACUGAACAUACCUGGAAUCUGAAUAGAAAUUCAUGUAUUAUGAAUUCAUUUUACUUACUGUCACAUGACAGAUCAUUGACUUUUUACAGUAAUGAACCUAUUUGUACCCAUAAAGUUACAUACAGAUCAACAGCUUCUGCACUUGACAAGUAGAACGAAAAGGUUUCUGGAGCCCCAUUUGUUUCCCCUUGGGUGAUGGGUUGCUUUCAGCUUAGGUACUUCUCUGAAGCAAUUUCUCUUGAUCACUAAACCCCAAAUUUGGAGUAAAUACAGUAGAAUAUGGAAGAAAUCUACACUUGCAUUAUAGAUUAUAAGUAUGAUGGAAAUGCUAUCAGGGUGGUACAUGCUGUAAAGCAUUUUGGCAGAAGCAUUUGUAACCUCACGUAAGGGUAGCAGCCAUAUCUUCUUUCAAACUUCUGUUUUAAGCGUUAAAGACACAUUAAAGCAGCAGCUGUUGUUUUUUUUUAAGUCUCAGAGAAGUUUUAACUAAGAACCGGGAAGUGCUGUGCUUAAACCUAUAUGGCACUGGUGUCAAACUCAAUUGUGUCACGUGACAUCAUGCGACGUAUCACAACAGGUUUUUUUGCCUUUGCGGAGCUGGGGCGUGGCCUGCAUGUGACUCAUCCAGCCUGCGGGUUGCCAGUUUGACACCCCUGCUGUAUGGGCUUCAUAACACUUCUUUGGAAUUAAUUUUCAAAUGAUGCACAGCCCUGAUAUCCUUGUCAUUUUGAAAGGCUUGGAUGGCAUAAUCCAGAAAUGCUCUAGAAAAAAAAAAUCUUAUCUAAAUGUUCCUCCUCAUUACUGAAAGGAUGAAAUAAUUUGCAAAGAUGUUUAAUGCUUGCGACUGCUUUGGAAUGGACCCUCAUAGCAAGUUCCUAUAUUUUGGAAACCUCACUCCACCCACUUCCCUCAGCCACAAACACUGGCAAUUAUUUGUACAUGGGGUAGUUAAAGAUACUUUCUUGGAGUAUUUAUGUAUGGUGGUAGAAGGAGAAUGAAAGAGAUAACAAGCUAUGGAUGACAAAGCAUAAUUGUUAUUUUCUAUCUUUCUUAUGAUGCAUUCCUGGGGGGAAAGGAUAAACAGUGUGAGUAACCAAACUUGCAAUUGAUUUUUCACAUUUAGCAUCUCCAUCUCCAGUGAUACAGGUCCCAAAGUAUCUUAAUUUUAACAUUAGAUUAUGAAACAACUUUUCCUUAUUUUGUAUUUUUCAAGUAGCAUACAAUUUAAUCUUAUCGUUCAUGUCAAAGCACCCAAUUUCUACUAACUCCCUUCUCCCACUGUAACCUUUCAUAUAAUUCCCAAGAGUCCUUCGGAUCACAGAUUUUGGAGGAGUCACAAAAGCUCCAUUUUUAAUAUUCCAUUCUCAGAAUGAUCCUAGGCCCCAUUUUAUAACCACAGCAUGGUCAAGAAUCUAAAGACGUCACAUUAAUCAAAGGCAGAUUUAGAUAUUCAUCUGUGGGGACAUAGAAUGCAUAAGUUGGCCUCCAACAUUGGCCAAGUAAAAGCUAUCUGCAAGCACCCAAAGAGUCAUUUGAUCUGUCCUCAUACAUUUUGGGACCAACUGCAUUUAAGUUGUUACCUGAAUAGUACCAUUAGGAUCUUACUUUACUAAAUAGGUUCUAGUAACUAUUGUGAAUCAACAAAAAAUGCUCUUCUGUUAUAACCUAAUUGGAAUCAGCCCCACAGCUCAGUAAGCUUCCUGAACUCUUUCAUCCUCAGUAAUAGUGGACAGCAUUCCUCAUCCCCUCCCCUCACGUGCAAUAGUUGAAAGCAAUGGGUUACAGUUUGUAUCAUGGAAAGAUUAUACAUGAUGACAAAACAAAGCCUUUGCAAAAUUAAUAACCAGUUUAUAACAUGAACAUUAAUUUCAGAUAGACGAGGCAUAAUUCAACCAAAGACAACAUUUCUAAGGUUAGGUGUGCUUAAGUUGAAUCUUGCCUUGAAUAUGUUAAUCCUUUCUGUAUAAUCACGGGGAAAUAAAAUGUCCCUUGAAUAAUCUCUUUUGCAAUAAUCAUAAUUAUCCUUUGAUUUUGAGUGUGUGUGUGCGUGCUUUGCCAUUUUGAAUGGGGUUAUGUGACACUGUAAAUGGACAAGGUUCCCCCCUUUAAUAUUCCUUGGAAGCUUCACAAUUUGGAGGUAUAAUAAUCAUCUGUUUCUAAUACAUAUCCCUGUUAGAAAUUAUCUAGCAACGAUAGCCUUAUUUUGAUUUUUUUUUUAGAACUUUAGUGAGGAUUACUGUAUAUUCUUAAAAUGCCAGAUUUGCUACACAUUUUUAACUUUUUGCUUUCAGUAAAAAGUAAAGAAUGUGGUUUUCCUUAGGACUAUUUUUGUAAAAUAGCUGGAUAGCAAUGCUACAGCAUGCAGAAAGUGCACUUUUUUUGCCUGACUUGCUUGUAAAAUAGACACUAUUUAAUUUGGGGAAAAAUAUAAUUUAUGCCAAAAAGAAAAAGGUAUCUUGCUGCCAUUUUGCGACUGCGUAGGUUAGAAUAGCACAGAAUGCAAGGAGGGGGAGGGGAGGGGGACACAAUUUGUAAAUAUAAUUAUUGUGAAAAAUGGGGAUAAUAGAUGCCAAUAACCCAAAUGAUGCCUGGGUUAGAAAUUAUGUAAAUUAGUCAUUCGGAGUGGGUGGGGGAGAGAUUAUGAAAAGACUCAUUUUCCCUAUCCCGUAUGGUCAAUUUUCCAUAUAAGUUAACAAGCUGCUACAUAUUUGGAGGUUCUAUUGUUUGUAGGUCAUUGAAUGAAUUUUGAAAUCUGAUUUAUAUUAUAUACCUGUAACAUAGAAAGAAAAAAAAGUAUUUAUAUAUUUUCUGUAUGACAAUUUCAUGAGCUGUGUAUAAUUUUAAAAAGGCUUUGUCCCAAAAAGGUUCGGCUCACCUUGAUUCUUUUUUUUGUUUGUUUUCAUUGGUUUGGAAAUUUGUUUUGUUUUGUAUAGUGUGUACAGUUCAUGUCUAUAGAUAUUACAGGCCUCUUAAAGCAUUAUCUUCCUAUCAAAGGGAUACAUUGUUAAUAAAAUGAACUUUAAACACCUUACAAACGUGUCUUGUUGUUUGU